CUUUUUCUGCCGGAAGUGUUACAGUAACUCCGCUAUGGCAGCGACCUUGUGUCCAACGUGGUGUUUGUAGAAUUUUAUAUUAUUCAGACACCUAAAAUGCUCAUACAUGUACCACACGGAAUGACUGUCUGUUUGUAGGGUCCAUUUCAACGCUAACAUCAUGCUCUCCCUCAUUAAAGCUGCUGCCGGCGGGCUGACCGGAAUCUGUCAAACCAGCAGUCACCUACAAGGUCCUUUGCACGGCUACUUGAAAGUCCUCUCUGCAGGGCUGAAGACAUAUGAAAUCCCUCCAGAUUACAGUGAUGUGGUGCUGCCGGACAAGCCCAAACUGAAGUUUUUGAACAAGGUGCCGAACUUAAAAAAGGCCAAGAAAGAGGCAAAGAAGCUGUGGGAUAUCCAGGGACCAGCUAAGUCUGCAAAUACCUUCACCACGGGACAGUACGCUAUUGUGGCCAUGGGAGGCGGGUACCUCCACUGGGGUCAUAUAGAGAUGAUGCGUCUUACCAUCAAUCGAAAGAUGGAUGCCCGGACCACGUUUGCAAUGUGGCGGAUCAACGCCCCUUACAAGCCCAUCACACGGAAAGGUCUGGGUCAGCGCAUGGGUGGGGGCAAGGGAGCCAUCGACCACUACGUGACACCGGUUCGUUACGGACGUUUGAUCGUGGAGGUGGGAGGAAAGGUGGAGCUGGGCGAGGUCGAGCACAUCUUGACUGAAGUGGCAAAGAAGCUUCCUUUUCCUGCGAAGGUAAUGAGCAAAGAGAGUCUAGCAACCCUGCAAAAGAAACAAGCUGACAUGGAGCAGAACAACCAGAAUCCCUGGACCUUUAAGAAGAUCGCACAGGGCAACAUGCUGGGCAUCAGGAGGGUGCUCAGCCCCUUCGACCUGCACAACCACGGACGCUUCACGGGCAAAUUUCACUUUCCACAGAGGGUGUGACACACCCGAGGGACUGAAAUUUAAUAGUGUUGUAAUGUGAAGAAGAUUCUAGAAUUCUGAAAUGCUCCAUCUUUGAGUUUUAUCUCAGAAUCUUCUGUUAUCUUUUUGGGGUUUUGUGUGUUUUUCCAAUUAUGUUAGCAAAUAUAUCAUGUUCUUAAA